GGAUUGACUUCUUGCUUGAUGGCCUGAAACCUGCAUCCAAAAAGCUAUUCCACCCUGCUUAAAAUUUUCUAUCAAACUUCUCUUUAAUUCUCUGUUUGUGCCAAUCAAUGGCGAAAACUAAUAUUGGGUCAUUCUUCAAUAAGUUCCUUUCUCUCUUUAUCCUUCUUCUCCACCUCGGCUGCUUCGUUCUCGCCGCCGCUAAAGACCACCAAAAGCCAACCAAGAAACGCAAAUCCUCGCCUCUUUCCUCCACCUGGACUUUUAUCAAACGCAUUUUUUCUUCUACUUCUAAAGCCAACUGCAAAUACACCGUCCAAGCACACCCUCCGACAUCAGCAACCACACCGGCGUUAAUCUCUGCAAGAAACUCCCAACAAUCCCUUGUCUCCAUGGUUAUCCCUCCUGAAAUUCAUUUACCAGUUUCGGACAGUGCUCAUCCACGCCAUAAAAUACAAUCUGGGUCUUGUCCGGAAUCCGACAUCUCAUCGGACUGCCCGCUUUUCCCUCUACGUAAUGAUAUCUUCCCAUGCACAGCUUGCGGGGAGAUUUUCCAGAAAUCCCAUUUUCUCGAACAACAUCAAGCGACCGAGCACGCCGUAUCCGAACUCACUGAUGGGGAUUCAGGCAACAACAUAGUUCGGAUCAUGUUCAAAACCGGUUGGACCGACAAAGUUAAGAACCCUGAAAUCCGCCGUAUUUUGAAGAUCCAUAACAGCCCAAAGAUCCGAACGAGGUUCGAAGAAUACAGAGAGCUCGUCAAGGCGAAAGCCGCGAGAAACGGUGCGGUGGGGAAUAGAGACGAGAGGUGCAUAGCUGAUGGGAACGAGCUGUUGAGAUUCAACUGCUUGACCUUCACGUGUGAUUUGGGAAUUAACAGGAGCACAAGUAUUUGUAAUCAACAAUACUGCAGCGUUUGCGGGAUAAUUAAGUAUGGUUUUUCGCCCAAAAUGGACGGAAUCUCGACGCUAUUCACGAGCUGGAGAGCGCACAUGUCAAUCCCCGAGAAUGUCGAGGAAGAGUUCAAGUUUAUGAACGUGAAACGAGCCAUGCUUGUCUGUCGGGUCGGCGCGGGUCGGGUUGGAUCAGAAGGUGAAGAAAUAAACAAGGAAGAUGGUGGGUUUGAUUCGGGGACAGGGAUAGCGAAAGUUUUGUGA